CAUCCGUUUGACUUCAACUAUCUUGGCACCCUAAACAAUAACAACAACACAACUACAACAACAACAACCAACACAAUUAUAAACAACAACAUCAACAUAAAAACCAGCACAACACCUGGCAGCACUCCCACAGGAACCGCAGCGUCAAAGACGACAACCACAACAAAAGGACAAACAACAAACAGCAACAAUUCCAGUAAACACAAAAUGGAGCUGUUGCCACCACUGGCGAAUAACACGAGCACCACAAUCACAAAAACAACAGCAGGAGCGACAAGCAUAAAACAGUUGUUAGUCCACGAUUAUCUGAGCUACGCCUCGCCACCCACCUAUUCGCGUCUGCCUCCCGAUGGCCACGAGUUUCCACCAAACUUCAGCGAGCCACUGAUAAUGCCGCCCUCGACGCUGCUGAAAGCGGCUGCGGCUAACAAAGCAUCGCCAGCCACCGUUACAGAGCUCAGCUUUGAGGCAACGCCACACAACAGCAACAACAACAACAACAAUAGCAACAGCAAAUUAGAGGCAGCACCACCGCUGCCAAAGACGGGACCACCGCCGACAGUGCCGCGCAAAUUAUAUCGCCAGGACUUGAUCGUUAAUGUGGAGGAUGCGCGAGCAUCGCGUUCCCUGUCAACGAGCCACGGCCUUAGCACGCUCCCUAGCGGCAGCACACUUAGUACGCCACCUGGCGGCAGCACCACACGCGACUAUCAACGUUCCUUGAGCGCACCGCGCAAGUCUAGUGAUUGGCGCAAGGACGAAAAAUCGGAGAAAUCGGUACGCGAUAAAAUUGCCAUGUUCUCCAAUGAGAAUGACGCACCGGCGCCCACACCCUCGGCCAGUGCCACGCCCACAUUUACCGUAACACGUAAGCCGCUGAACAUGAGCAGCGAAAAUUUGCUGGACUCGAGCAGCUCCAGUUUGGCGACGCCGCCACUGAAGACUCGCGCCAUGAGCGUAGAGAAUCUAAAUGAUGUGCAGCGUCAAUAUCAGUUGGCCAAACAGCUGCCCCAACUGCAACACCACGCCGACUCGAUGUACUCCCUAAAUACGCUGCAUACGCCCUCGUAUGCCUCUUUACCGCGUCGGCAUGGCAGCGUUGCCUCACUGGCCUCCGCUCAAUUGGAGCGGCGUAUUAGCUUCUCGGGCGAGGGUGAGGCCAAUCGAAAGGCAGCGAUCACUAAUAUAUUGGAGCAGCGCCGACGUAGCCUCUCGAAAUUGCGCGGCCUAGUCAUUCCGGAGCGGCCGCAUUUGCUGGAACCCAUUCUGGAUUUGCCGGAGAUCAAGAGUCAAGUGAAGGCAGCCAGUGGUGAGGAUUCAACGGAUAGUGGUUUGGGCGAGACACGCGCCCGGCCACCACCAACUACACCAACCACAACGCCAAUCACAACGAGUAGCUAUCGCAGUCUUUAUAAUGGAACCUCCAACGGAUUGGGAAUUAUUGGUGGACAGCGUCGCCAAUUGGAGCCGCAGCUAUCACAGCCACCAGCAAAGCCGCCACGCACUUCUCUCGUGACACCGACACGUGCCCCACCUCUGCCGAGCUCGCAUCUGGAUCAGGAGAGCGAUACGGAUUCGGUGUUCUCCAGCACAGCACGCGUGGCCUCGCCCCCCGAGAAAUUCGCACUAACGCGCACCCUAAGCUCCGAGACAAACACCUCCAUAGCCAGCUCGAACACCUCGACUCUGACCUCUGGUUCGGCGGGCUCACAGGCCAGCUGCAGUUCGUUGGGCAGCACGCCCACCGUUGAUCUGACUAGACGCGUCUUAAAGACAAACACGACCAUGUCCUCGUCAGCCAAUAGCGAAGCAACAUCAGGUAGCUCCAACCGGAAAAGCAUACUCGCUUCGGCGAAAUGUCGCAGCGCCAAAUGUCCCUAUGUCUUGGAUGUGGAGGCCGAGGAGGAUGAUAGCACUGACGGAGAAGCCUGUGUGGGUAGACGCCUCAAAUCCAAACCGACCAUGAGCGCCUACAAGGUCGCUGCUCUGCGUGGUCAGCAACAACAACAACAGCUAGCAUCACAACAGCAGCUGCAAGGACAGCAGCUGAUCGUGGACAAGAUCAUUAGUGUGGCCUAUGUGGAGCAAACAUCAGAUACCGAUGAUAGCAGUCGUCGUUCCGAUGCGGCAGUCACGCCUGCCAAAAUCAGUGCCAUCUUCAUCGAUGAGGAGCGCAAGGCCAGUUUCAAGGCUGACCCCACCCAGCAAGCCAAGCUCAAGCUGGUCAGUGCCAAGCCCGUGGCAGCUCCCUUGGCACAACGGGCCCUGGAGCCCACUGCGCCCGCCCCCGAACUGUCAAAAUGGAUACAGCAGCGAUCCACAACAGCAGCAACCAUCAACACAUCUUCCCCAGCAUCGUCAUCUUCCCUCUUGCUAGAGCGUCGCAGUCUUGCCUCAAAGCAACAGCCGGCUAAGAUGAAUACCGCAGAGCUUCGUGAGAAAUUUGAACGCAGUGCUGCUGCAGCAGCUCCUCUGCCCACCCCCCAUCACAAUACACACAAACCGGUGGUAAUAAAUGGCAAGGCCAGCACACCCCAUCACGAGCGUUUCUCCUCGCUCGACUCUCUCGCCUCGAGCUCAUCGGGGGUUAGCUCGACCACACAGAAUGUGAGCACCUCACAGGAGACGGCCACAGAAUUCGGUAGCUUCUCAUCGCUGGGCAGCAAUCAGAGUCUGAUUACCGCCCAGGAUGUCCAACAGAUUGUCGAGGAGGCGGAUCCGCCACUUAAAACUCCCGAAGCCUUCAUUAUUGUGCUUCAGCGUGAUACGCCCGAGAGCAGCAUUGGCAUUACGUUGGCUGGUGGAUCUGACUAUGAGGCUAAGGAAAUAACGAUACACAAGAUCUUGAGCAACACACCAGCCGCCAAGGAUGGUCGCCUGAAGAAGGGCGAUCGCAUCUUGGCCGUCAAUGGCAUGAGCAUGCGGGGUCUAACCCAUCGAGAAUCCAUCAGUUUGCUCAAGACGCCACGUCCAGAGGUGGUGCUGGUGGUCACACGCUCCGAAUCGCUGGUGCUUAAAACUCUGACCAAGAAACGCUCCUCGCUGGGUUCGCUUAGCUCGCUAAAUGAGAAGCCCACGGAGUUAGACUACGAACGCAAACGCAAUUACCACAAGGCUUCACGUUCCCUGGACCUGGAUCUGGAUAUUGUGUCCAAUGAGGGCGGCACUGGAUCUGCGGCCACGCCCAGCACACCUAGCACCGGCUCCAGCAGUCCCCAGCAGCCGGCUAGCUUGCAUGAGUCGGACGUAGAUGCUGCCAUAGCGGGUAUACGUGCUCGUCGUCAGAUGUCGCGCGGAGAGGCGGCCAAGCUGAGCACCAGCGAGCUGUUGGAGCGCGCCGCGGAAAUACGCGCACAGGCCGAGGACACUGUUGUUGGCGGUGGCGCACGCUGUGUGGAAAUUGUGAAGGAUAGUUGUGGUCUAGGUUUCUCCAUCGAGGGUGGCUUCGACUCGCCGCUGGGCAACCGCCCACUAAUUGUGAAGAAAGUUUUCAUGGGCGGCGCUGCCCAGAAAACCGGUCAGGUGCGCAAUGGCGAUGAGAUUCUGAGCAUAAAUGGUGCUUCCACGGCGCGUAUGACACGCGUCGACGCCUGGAAUUUUAUGAAACAACUCCCGCUGGGUCCUGUCAUGAUUUCCUUUGCCUAAAACGCAGAAUGCGCCACAAUUAGUUUUAAGUUUGAAAUCGAAGCGGAUUCGUUUUUUUUAUCCCGAGACGGGCCUUGCCAACGAGGACGACUAAGUUGCGACUUUAUGUUUUGCAUUUACACGACUUUAUUUACAUAUAUAUACCGAGAUAUAUAUCUAUAUAUAUAUACAUACAUAUAUACGCGUAUAACAAUAUCAUACAUAUAUUUAAAUAAUUUAAAGUGCAAUUUCUUUGAUGUAUUCUAAAACGAGUUUAACUUUUAAUCUUUGCGGCGCUUGAGCCUAAUACAUAAUAUGUAUUGCUUGAU